AUGGAUACCAAAAUCAUCGUUGUUGAUUCCGAACAACUCUUCAAAAAGUCGACUGCAUUGCGUCUCGAAGUCUUUACCCAAGAGCAGAAUUUUGACCCAGCAAUUGAAUUGGACGAGUAUGAUGUUCCUUUUGACCGCAAGGAUGUGAUGCACAUCAUUGCAGUGGACUCUCAGGAGAAUGCACUUGCUACCGUCCGUCUCUAUUUGACAGAUGGCCAAGCACAUUUGGGUCGUCUUGCCGUUGCAAAGCAAGCACGCGGCACUGGCUUGGGACGGGCCAUCUGCGAAUAUGCAGUUCACAAGGCCAUCGAAGCUUGGUCUGUUGAUACAGUUGUUCUGAGCAGUCAACAUCAAGUCAGAAAGUUCUACGAAGGCUUGGGCUACGUCUACAAUGAAAAGAAGGGUUACUAUGACGACGAGGGAUGGCAGCACUGCGAGAUGGCUCAAACCUUUUCAAAGCAAACUUGA